AUGGCCUCAUUCAAUAAUUUCGUCGACCACUUCAGCUUUGGUGCUGAUUGGACGUCUCCCCAGAAACGGUACCAGGACCCCGAUCCUUUUUUUGAUGUCUUGUCGUCCAAAUUGGGUUAUCUGAGAGAUCAGACAAUCCCUCUCAAUUCUCCCCACUCCUCCAUCUCUAGUGCGUCUAGAGACUCGGUCUCCAGUGCCUAUAGCGCGUUCACUUUACCUUCAGAGCUUCAAGGAGGGGUGUCCAACAUUUCCUCCAGAAGACCAAGUUACACGGCCGAACUCUACUACACAACCCAUAACAAACUUGAUUUCCCUCAGCCUCUGGCCCAGGCCCCACCACACACCAUGACGUCCCGGUUCUUCGACCUGGAUAGCUCUGUUUCGCAGCACGGCGAAAACCCUUCGUCUUUCCUGCCUCCGCUGAACCCCCUUAUGCCGCAAAAACCACAGGAGUCGUACGUCGCACUCGACAACGGCCUCCUAUUGGACAGGACUUUCAACAACAUUGUCUCGUCGACGGAUUUGAAAGCCGCGUUCCUGAGAGACUCAAAGUACUUUGGAAACUUCGACACUUCCAUGGAGAUCGUCAACCAGCUAAAUCUAUUAUUAGGGUCCUCUUUGAAAGAGGUGCCAGGGUUACUUCAGGCCCGGGUGGCCGCGUUGUUGGAUUACCUUGUUACACAGAACGAGGACCUUGUCACGUCCCUGCAGAAAACGCCCAAGACGUACUCCAUGAUCAUCAACAAGAAUGGCAAACUGGACAUUAUCUCAUUACCAAAAAGCUCAAAUUUACAAUUAAGUCCAAAGGACAUCAUUAUCAUCGAGGGAGACCGCGGAAAGGAUCUGGUGAUGGUUCUUCAACCAGUGAUCGAAUUCCGGUUUGCCCUGCUUUUCAACUACCUCAAGAAAAAGCUCCAUCUCAAGUCUCUUGAGUUUGGUAACGCAAAAUCAUCCCCCGUCCCACAGAACCACAAAUCGCGGCAUGGACACAAUCAACAGCGCUCAGUCAUCAACGAGGACGAGAACUUUAUCACUCUCCCAAACAAGCAGGUCUUACGAUUUGCAAAACCGCACGAACUUACCCAACUGACCUCCAAAUAUAACGACGAACUCAUGGCAUACCGCAUUUGUCUAAACUACGUCCAGUCUCUGAACUUGGACCUAAUCAUCAAAAACGUUGAAUUCCAGUUUGAUAAGAAGAAACUUAUCAUUUACUAUUACUGUCUGCAAAGACUGGAUUUCCGCGGACUGAUCAAAGAACUCUUCAAAAUCUACAAAACAAGAAUUUGGCUCUGUGCCGUGCUACCAAUUGAAAAUUCUUUCAAACCCCUGCUCACUUACGAACUUGAGAAAAAAUCCGCCGGCUUCGAUUCCACACUAUCCAGUUCCAGAUCCAAUGACCUCACCAUCGUCGACAAGCUGCCCGAGGCAGAGUCGAUUUCCUCUCUGGACGAGAUCAAAGAGCCGGUUUGCUUCCACUCCAAAGUGUUCCUUAGUUUAAUCGAGUGGUUCAAAUACGAACUACUUGACCAAGAAACCUUUGAUGAACGAUUUGCGUUUUUGAACUAG